CUAGACUUUUUGUACGAGGGUUGCUAAAUAGCAAAGUUUUCGCGCUAAAUUGUAAGUAGUUCCCGCCACAAGGUGCUUGUUAAGUGCAUUUGUUUAUUUUUGCAAGGAAACACGACCAGCUCAAAGGAACAAUGUGGAUUCAAGUUAGAAGCUUUGAUGGGAAAAAAUCAUUGCGUGUAGAUAAUCUGUCAAAGCUUACGAAGAUCGAAGAAGUGCGAUCGCGUUUGGUCGAGGAAUUUGAGGCACCAGUUGAAAAGCAGCGAUUAUUUUACAGAGGAAAACAGCUUGAAGAUGGCCACUCGUUGUUUGACUACAAUGUAGGUCUAAAUGACCUUGUCCAGUUAAUGGUCAGAGCAGCUCCUCUUGGUGAAAACAAAGUCCAACACAAUCAGAUAGAGGAGGCAGAGAAACAGGAAGAGAAGGAGGCAGAGAAACCGGCGGGGGGAUACAACAGUAGUGGAGAAGAGAGCACCUGUUCUGAUAAAGAAAAUAAAGACAGGGAAAAUAAACCGCCAUCAACUCCAGUUAAAGAAUCGUUCAAUAAACCAGAGUCCUCAUCAAAAGAAGAAUAUUCAAACAGUACCUAUAAGCUUGGGGAUAUAAUAGAUGCCAAAGACAAUUCUAUUGGAGCCUGGUUUGAAGCCAAAAUUAUAAAGAUAGCAAGAGAUGAGAAAUUUGAGCAACCGAAGAAAGAUUGUAAUGAGGAAAUGGAGGUCGAUUCUAAAGACGAGGCCCCUCGUGAUCACGAUGGCUUCUUCUAUAGCGUCGUUUUUGAUGGUUAUGAUGACACAGAACCAGAGAAACUGGAAUGUAAAGAUAUUCGCCCACGAGCGAGGAAGGUUAUAAAAGUGUCUGACAUCAAGGAAGGACAGAAAGUGAUGGCCAAUUACAAUGUGGAUGACCCUGAGUUACGAGGGUUCUGGUAUGACUGCAUCAUCACCGGAAAGAGGGACACGAGGACGAUUAAAGAGCUGACAGCGACGGUUUUCAUUGGUCCAGAUCUUAUGCCACUUGAUGACUGCAAGUUGUUGUUCGUCAACGAGAUUUUUGACGUGGAGAAACCUGGAACACAGAUCAACGAAUUUGAUGAAACAUUUGAUCCUUCGGCCUCUCCCGUUAAACGGACGAACAAACCCGAGUGUGAUCACUGCAAGGACAACCCGAAGAGGAAGUGUAAACACUGCGCCUGUUGUGUGUGUGGUGGGAAGAAUGAUCCCGACAAACAGAUUCUGUGUGACGAGUGUGACCAGGCAUACCACCUGCAAUGUCUGGAUCCACCCCUAGACAAACUUCCAGAGGAGGAUGAAUGGUAUUGUCCAAGCUGUAAAAAUGAUGAGAAUGAAAUUGUGAAAGCUGGUGAAAAAUUAAAAGAGAGCAAGAAAAAAUCCAAGAUGGCAUCCUCUACGAAUCAGACGAGCCGGGACUGGGGAAGAGGCAUGGCGUGUGUUGGAAGACAGAGGAUUUGUAAUGUGGUACCUCCUAACCAUUUUGGUCCCAUUCCAGGAGUGGAAGUAGGAACGCUGUGGAAAUUCAGGGUGCAGGUGAGUGAGGCAGGUGUACACAGACCACAUGUAGCAGGUAUCCAUGGUCGAGACGGAGAGGGGGCGUACUCCAUUGUGCUCUCAGGGGGAUACGAAGAUGACAAGGACAAAGGAGAUGAAUUUUAUUACACAGGAAGUGGAGGCAGAGAUUUAUCGGGAAAUAAGAGAACGGCAGAACAGUCAUGUGACCAAAAGCUAACCAGAAUGAACCGAGCCUUGGCCAAGAAUUGCAAUGAACCGAUCAAUGAGAAAGGAGCAGAGGCUAAGGACUGGAGGGGAGGGAAGCCCCUGAGAGUGGUCCGUAACUGUAAGGGGAGGAAGCAUUCAGAUUACGCCCCAGAGGAAGGGAACAGAUAUGACGGCAUAUACAAGGUAGUGAAGUAUUGGCCAGAGAAAGGAAAGUCUGGUUUCUUAGUCUGGAGGUAUCUAAUGAAACGAGAUGACCCAACACCAGCUCCCUGGACUAAAGCCGGAGCCAAACGGGUCAAGGAACUAGGGCUCGCAAUGCAGUAUCCAGACGGUUACCUGGAAUCUCAAGCCAGAAAAGAGGAGGAAAAUGAAGAAAAGUCGGCAAAGAAAGGGAAGAGAAAAAGGAAGGAGUCAGACUCGUCUCCCGUUGGGACCCCUGACAAGAAGCAGAAGGUCGCGGCCUACAAGAUUGAGACAGAGCAGAAGAAAAGAAUUUCCCAGGACAAAGUCAACAAGAAGCUGUGGGAGGAGGCCAAGGAACACACCUCAGAGGGAGGACAGAAAUUUCUACAGAAAGUGGAAGAGCUGUUUACAUGUAUUUGUUGUCAAGAGAUUGUCUUCAAACCUGUCACCACAGAGUGCAGUCAUAACGUCUGCAAGCCCUGUAUCAUGAGAUCGUUUAAAGCAGAAGUAUUUUGUUGUCCCUUGUGUCGCACAGAUUUGGGAAAAGAUAACAAAAUGCAGGUGAACAAUACGUUACAAGACAUUCUUAAAAACUUUUUCCCAGGAUAUGAAAGUGGCAGAACAUAAAAGAAUUUAGAAGGCAAUAUUUUUUGACAUCGUUAGUUUGUUACUAUGAAUAGAUUAUAUUUCAACAAUCAACUUUGUGUCAACUUUUGUUCAACGUGUCUUUGUUUUUCAUCCAUGCUUUUAUUGUUGCAUUAUUUUACAGACAUUGUUUUACAGAUUGCUUAUGGUUCAUGAUUAUGAUGUUUUCUCUUUUGAGCUUGAGAGUCGUGUAGGAUGUUGAGUACCGUAUGUAAUAUGUGUGUAUUUAUAGUCAUGCAUAGAAUAUUACAUGAUCACUAGCUUUAUCAUGACAUUGUUGAAGAGAUUUUACAUUGUGCUCAAAGGCCAUCAACAUUCCAAUAUCGCUGAAAACCACUGAAUUACGAUGAUCAUCCCCCUUGUAUAUAAGACCAUUUUUGUUAUGUAUCGUAUAAUAAACAUUAUUCAAAUACAUUUUUUCCCUGGUCUAUCAAACUUUACAUGUAAAUAUCUUGUGUAGUACAUGUUGUUUAUUCAGAACAAAUAUUUUUGUUAAGGUUGGUUUUAAUUUGACUCAGGUUCAAAAUACAGAUAUCUCUAUAGCUCACAAGUAUGUACAUUUAUAAGCCUAUUCAUGUAUGUUUUUUUUAUAAUGUGUGUUUUCAUUAUUAAAAUAAUUUGAGUCCUAAGGGUUUGCCUCAGAGAUGCACAAGCCCUUAGGUUUUUAAAUUCACUUUUAAAAUGACGAACUUAAUCCGUCGUCUUAAAAUUGAUAUGGGUACAGGACACAGUGUCAAGGUCACGAGGAAAGGGACUUUCAUUUGCUGGUCUCUGGUAUCACCAUUUUAGUUGAGAUUGCCCUGGGGCCCCGUAUGUCGGUUUGAGAUUUAGCCGUGGGGGCCCCGUAUGUCGGUUUGAGAUUUAACUGUGGGGGGGCCCGUAUGUCGGUUUGAGAUUCAGUCGUGGGGGCCCCGUAUUUCGGUUUGAGAUUCAGCCGUGGGUCCCCGUAUGUCGGUUUGAGAUUCAGCCGUGGGGCCCCGUUUGUUGGUUUUGAGACUCAGCCGUGGGGCCCCGUAUGUCAGUUUGAGAUUCAGCCGUGGGGCCCUGUUUGUUGGUUUGAGAUUCAGCCGUGGGUCCCCGUAUGUCUGUUUUCUAGUUUGGAAAUAAAUGGUUUGUACUGUAGAUUUGUUAUCACAACCAUGAUUGAUUGCCCUCUCAGAUUUGGUCACAUGUUUUAAAGGCUUGUUUAAUAUUUACUAGUCACUCAGUCGCAAAAGCAUAUCAGUUUUACAAAUUACCAAGUACGAAUCCAUGAAUAUGCAUGUUUUUUGGGGGGUAUUUUUUUUGGUGUAUGGUUUGUUUUUGGGUUUUUUUGGUGUGUUUUUAAAUGAAAGUUUUGCAGAACUUGAAAAGAUAAAUUAUAUCUUUUAAAUGAAUUUUGAUUUGUUCAAACUUCAGAAAUAUUGAUUCAGUGUAUAUGCUUUGACUGUUUUUCAUUUAUUACAUGGAUGUGAUUUAAAAGAGUACACCAAGUGUAUGAGGUAAAUUAUUGUUUUCCAAUACUGUGAAAAUGAGUAGUAUAUUUUCAGAUCAGAAUUAAUACACUGGUCAUGAAAAUUAUGCAUGCAAUUUCUUGCAUGCUUCUGUUUUAUCAACUGUUAAUAAAUUUUAUUUUUAUUUUUAUUUUUUUGGUCAGACUGCUGGUGUAGAUUCUUUGAAAUGCAAGUACAUAUUGUUUGACUUUUAGUAUUGAGUAGUAGUGUGUAUAUAUAUGCAUCUGGAAUUUCAUAACAUUGCAUCAAUUAAUAAAGUGAGAGUGAAAUAAAAUCUGUUAUAGAGGUAA